AUGGAAGGCACAUCAGAAAAUAAUAAAAUUGCGGCACAGCAAGAAUUAGUAUUUAUUCACGAGUCGUUCAUUUCAAAAUCUCCAGAACAGCCGAUUCAGCACAUCGUCCCUGAUUUUAACCCUGUAAUCAAAGUGCCUUUCCCGCCAAAUGUUAAUCCUACUGAUUUGAUACGAACGGAUAAAAAUGGGGAACUUCUUACAAGAUGUACAAACAAGUUUUUGAUCUAUCGUAAUGAAUAUGCUAAAGAGUUAAAAGCACUUGGCUAUAAACUUUCAAUGAGAAAAGUAUCGAGCAUCGCAGCAAACAGUUGGAAAGAAGAACCUGAAUACGUAGUUCGCUACUAUGAAGAAAUUGCGCGCGAGGUUGAGAAAAUUCAUCUACAGCUCUCAAUGUCCAGCUCAACCAAUUCCGACUGGCAACGAAACCACACGAAAAAGAAUGUACGUUACAACCCACUGCACGCCACAUCCCGUGUGAAUCAUACUGCUCCCUCGUCAUCCAUAAAACCCACAACAACCACACUUGCACACAACGCACCUUCGUGCAAUUCUUCCAAUACGGUGACACCCUCGCAUUCGCCGAUUUCCACUCCUUUAGCGCAAACAUCGAACAUAGUGCCAUCGAUGCAAAAUCAGAUUGGACUUUCGGUUGGAGGACCACCAUGUAUUAUGAUGACAGCAGACAAUUCAGCUAGAUUGAUGACGACGACGAUGUAUGAUCCGUCGGUUAUGGCUAUUCCGCACACUUAUGCUCUUGACCCAUAUGCUGCUCAAGGGGCACAGUUAUCUGAGUCAUCAGUUAAUCAGAGUUUUACUUUCCCAUUCGGGGUAUUGAUUGACUUUGGGAUGACGCAAGGCUGUGGAUGGAGUGAGAUUCCUUAUAAUUACUAA